GUUCUCCUAUGAAGCUUGUUAGUAGGUUUCCUGAUCAUCCUGAAAUUGUGACAUUGCAUGACAACUUCGUACAUGCUGUUGACACGUAUAGAGAUCACAAGUACUUGGGUACACGAGUUGGAGUGGAUGGAACAGUGGGCGAGUACAAAUGGAUGACAUAUGAAGAAGUAGCGACUGCACGUGAAGCAGUUGGUUCUGGACUUAGAUAUCAUGGAAUGGCACAGGGAGCCUGUAUUGGACUUUAUUUUAUAAAUAGACCAGAAUGGGUAGUUGUUGAUCAUGCUUGUUCAGCAUAUUCUUACAUCUCAGUUCCUUUGUAUGACACCCUAGGCCCUGAUGCAGUUAAGUUUGUUGUAAAUCAUGCCAGCAUUCAGGCCAUCUUUUGUGUCCCACAAACAUUGAACACUCUAUUGAGUUUUUUAUCUGAGAUUCCAUGUGUACGCCUUAUAGUGGUGGUGGGAGGAGUGGAUGAAUACUUGCCCUCACUUCCCUCAACAUCUGGAGUGAAACUCAUAUCCUAUCUUAAAUUACUUGGACAGGGCCACAGCAGCCUGCUGCCUUUCUGCCCUCCAAAGCCUAAUGACGUUGCAACCAUAUGCUACACAAGUGGCACCACUGGAACACCAAAGGGAGUUGUAUUGACACAUGGAAAUUUAAUUGCAAAUGCUGCUGGUUUCAGUGUUUGUGUGAAGUUCUAUCCCUCAGACAUUUACAUAUCCUAUCUUCCUUUGGCACAUAUAUAUGAACGAGCUAACCAAAUUGUAUUAGCUUACUAUGGUGUCGGCAUUGGCUUCUACCAGGGGGAUAACUUGAAAUUAAUGGAUGAUUUGGCUGCUCUUAGACCAACCCUAUUUCCAAGUGUGCCACGUCUCUACAACCGAAUAUAUGCUGGAAUCACAAAUGCUGUAAAGACUUCUGGUGUUCUGAGGGAGAGGCUAUUUAAUAUUGCUUACAAUUCCAAAAAGCAAGCCAUUAUGAGUGGUCGAAGUGCAUCGCCAAUGUGGGACAGAUUAGUUUUUAACAAAAUAAGGGAAAAGCUAGGAGGACGAGUCCGUUUUAUGGCAUCUGGUGCUUCUCCAUUGUCUCCUGAUGUCAUGGAUUUCUUGAGAGUGUGCUUUGGGUGUCAAGUCUAUGAGGGAUAUGGCAUGACUGAGACUUCUUGUGUUAUAAGUGUGAUGGAUGAGGAUGAUAAGUUAUCUGGUCAUGUUGGGUCUCCUAAUCCUGCCUGUGAAAUAAAACUUGUGGAUGUUCCAGAAAUGAAUUACACCUCUGAGGAUCAGCCAUAUCCUCGUGGUGAAAUUUGCGUGAGGGGUCCAAUUGUUUUUCAAGGCUAUUACAAGGAUGAAGUCCAAACGAGAGAAGCACUCGACAGUGAUGGUUGGCUGCAUACAGGAGACAUUGGGUUGUGGUUGCCUGGGGGACGCCUGAAGAUUAUUGAUAGGAAAAAGAACAUUUUUAAGUUGGCACAAGGAGAGUACAUAGCACCUGAGAAGAUUGAGAAUGUAUAUGCCAAAUGCAAGUUUGUUUCCCAGUGUUUUAUAUAUGGUGAUAGUCUGAACUCCUGUUUAGUAGCUGUAGUAGCAGUGGAUCCAGACGUGUUGAUAGAUUGGGCUACAUCAGAGGGUAUCCAGUAUGAGAAUUUAGCGCAACUUUGCAAUGAUCCCAGAGCAAGGAAUGCUGUUCUAGCUGACAUGGAUAACAUUGGAAGAGAAGUCCAGUUGAGAGGCUUUGAAUUUGCAAAAGCUGUAACUUUGGUACCAGAACCGUUCACCAUGGAGAAUGGUCUUCUCACUCCAACGUUCAAGAUCAAGCGGCCACAAGCCAAGGCAUACUUUGCCGAAGCUAUAGCCAACAUGUAUGCUGAAGUUUCGGCAUCAGAUCCAACCCCGCAAAGAAUGUCAUGAACCAAACUUUAUUUUGGAAACACUGGAAGUGAUGAAGUGGAAAAUAGCCAAAAUAAAAAUACUUAACAUUUCAAGAAAAUAAGGUUAUCCUGGUAGCCAAUUGUUGUGAUGUCCAUGUUAAGAGUCCAGAACCUGGAUCAUUUCAGAAACGAAAACAUUCAUUGCUUUGUUGUAUUUUCAUUUUACUUUUCUAAUGUACAUUAUCAUUAUCUAUAAUACAUGACAUUUUAAUUUAGAU